CACAUGACUGAACUGACCGACUUGGCGGGGAGGUACGUACCUUGCCCUGUAUUUUUGGCUCUCUGACGCUCGGACCAGUCAAAGGCUCCCCAGUUGCAAUUGCUUGCGCUACACUUCGCUGAGCUCCAUCCGCCGCGGGGAGCUUGAUCCAUUCCGUCCUCUACCUUCUCUUUCGUUUUGUGGUGACGACAAUUGAGCAACCUUCAACUCCUGCAUCAAAUGCGAUCCUCCCAAAUCGCCUCGUCCUCAGACCAUUGACUUGCCAAGUACGCCUGUUUGCUCCGUCUCCUCGCCCACCAUGUCCCGCCACGCCGCAACCCAAGCCUCCCGGAUGGCUUCAAGAGCGCUCCGAAGCUCCACCACUCUCUGUCGCUCGCCUUUGGCCUCCCGCCUCGCUCCCGCUGCCUCGAUCGCCCUGGCGCCCCGUGCCGCCGUCUCCCUGCGGAGCUUUUUUUCGACGUCGCCGGCCCGCGAAAAGGGCAUCAUGCCCGACACGGAGAAUCCCGCCAAGGCCACACCCGAGCCCGAGACGACCGGCUUCGCUGUGGUCGAGCUAUCCGACGCAGAGUACCACGAGCUCGCCGACGAGUACUUGGAUAAUGUCGUCGGCAGAUUUGAGGAGCUGCAGGAUUCGCGGGAGGACAUUGACGUUGAAUUUUCGGCCGGCGUCCUCACCAUCAGCUUCCCCGACCAGGGCACCUACGUCAUCAACAAACAGCCCCCCAACAAGCAGAUCUGGUUGUCUUCGCCCAUCUCCGGCCCAAAGCGCUACGAUUGGUGCCUUAUGGGCGAAGGCCAGGGCGACAAGGAGGACACCGCCGAAGGCGACUGGAUUUACGGCAGAGACGGCAGCAGUCUAAGCGACGUCUUCCUCCAAGAGCUCGGUGUCGACGUCAACUUGCCGACCAACGAGUAGAAGGCGCCUGGCUCUAGAAACCGAGACAUACAGGGAAUGACUGUGGAGAGAUGUAUAAUUUGCGAUUCUUUGGGGCGUUACGCGGCUUCGUGGCGCUUCGACUGUACUUUUGGCUUGCCCUUGCCCUGUAAUUUAUCUACUGCUAAUGCAGAACCAUGGCCUCUUGGAG